AUGAAUGACGAUCUAGUUCUAGAUACGAACAUUAUCCCAGUAAUCACUAUCGAUAGUGGUAGCCCUAUGGUAGAAAGACCUCCAACUUAUUCAUUAAGUUUAGAUAAUAUUAAACCAUCAUGUAAUAAAAUAGAUGAUAGAGAAAGUCGGGGAUCAGAUAAAUCAAGUUUAUUUGACACUUCACAUAAGGUAUUCGAAAAAAUUUCAGGCUCCUUGACAGCAUGGAGUAGAUCAAUUAGGGAUUCAUUAGAGUUUGGAGAUGAGAAUGAUGAAAAUGAAUUGGAAAAGUUAGGAAAAUCACCUGUCGAGUACGAUAUCGACGUUAUGGCCUUGUCCCCAGGCAAUAAAUUUAUAGCGACUUGGAGUUCUACGGACGGAAUCCUUGCAGUUUUUCCAAUUGAUAGUCAAAAUGUACCUAUGGAAUCAACAUUCGGUAUCAAAACUCCGUAUAACAAGAUAACCGCAUCGCAAGAUCAAUACAAAAUUUAUAUUUCAGUCUCGGAAGAUGGUCAAUAUGUUGCAAUAUCAACGAUGACAAUAAUGAAAGACAAUCAAAAAGAUUCUCCGAAUAUGGAUGCGGAAAAUUCAGACAUUUCAAAAUCAGCUAUUAAUACACAAUCACAAUCAUCAUUCGUGGUUUACUCAACAAUUCAUAAAACAGAAAAUUACAAUAAUAAAUUAGGUAAAUUAAAUUCAAUGGAUAUUUUAGGUCCUUUAAUAUUUGUAAAUAAUCAAAGAUUAGUUUGUUUUACUGAAAGUGAGAUGCAUUUAUUUUAUACAAAAAGUUGGAGGUUACAUGGUAGUAGUAUUGACAUCUCGGCUUUAAUUCAUUCUUGUCCAAAAUAUUCUGAUGAUGAUAACGAAUAUUUAUUGUACACUUAUGAUAUCCUGAUCGAAAGUUUGAAAUAUGGUUACUUAAUUUGGCCUGAAAAUCUAUCUGGACUUUCUGUUUGGGAUACAGAUGGAAUGUUAAAACAAUGGUUUUAUAUUGAGGCAAAAAAUAUUUCAUAUUCGAGAAAUUUAUUCGCCAUCUCUUCCGAUGGUAAUCUCGUAGCUAGAUUUUAUGAGGAACAGAAUAAUAAACCUGGAGGGACAUCAAGCUCGCUAAAUUUAUUUCAUACUCCAACGGCAUUAGCGGUUUCUGAAUUCGAAGUUUCUAGGACCACUUUCCAUAUUUCGUUCUUGCCCAAAACUGAUCAUAUAAUAGUGUGUUCGAAAGAAGGGGAGGGAGUUUGCGUGCAAUUGUGGCAUUGUUGGGCCGGAUGUUUGGUUUUCGAAGAAAAAUUUCAUAACCUUAAACAUGAUAAACCACUAUUAUUUCUUGGAGAUAAAUUUGUUCAAGCAGUUGGCAAUGAAUUAUGUACCUAUUCAUUAAUCCCAAAUCAUUCAUCAGCUACGAUGGAAGCAUUAACAAUAACAACAUCACAGGGUUGCAAAUCAAGUGAGGAUGGAUUAUUAAUCACUUUAUAUUUUGAAACGCAAAUAUCAAAGGUUAUAUGUUGGGGUCGAAUUUAUAAUAGUGAUCAAGUUUUGCAAUGCACCUUUAAAGUUGAGCCAUGGCAUAAUUGGUGUAGUAAAGAUAUCUUUGUUCGUUGGUUAGACCCUGAGGGAAAGAGAUUCGUCCUGGUUGGAAUUGACAGUGUACAAAUUUACAAGACGAAACCAAAAGGGCAAUAUUUAAAGUUGGAAUUACAAUAUAUAUGGGUCACCAACUCUUGUAUAAAAUCUGUAAUUUUAGAAACGUCCCUAGACGAAAAUGACCAAAGUAACCCACCCCAACAUACAAUGCUUCAUGUACAAUUUAAAGAUAAUGAACCAACCUCUUUACCUAUACCAAAUGAAAAUGAUAAACUUACGCAUAGGAUAGCAUCUGAUGCGUGUGCUGCAGUACAUUAUCUUCGAAUGAUUUUUACGCCUAAUAUACAGGUCUUUAAUCAAUUAGCAAUCAGAGAUCAAUUGAGGAAGCUUAUUGACUCUUCGGUCAUUCAUUUUCCUUCAGUUUUCAACAAAUGUUAUUGGGAGGGUAUCGAAUUUUACCCCAUGGAAGAUUUCAUUAUGUUGAGUUGGGAUGAUUUGGUAAAAAGUAUCCUUAAAACUGACCGAUUUAUUCCUCUUUUUCAUGACAAAGAACAAACCGAAAGUGCUUUAUUAUUAUUAAUAGAACUUCAAAAAUCAGAGUUGGUUGAACAAAUGGUUAAUUAUAUCAUGAAACAUUUAAAACAACGCUAUGUCGCAAUACGCAAUCGUUCGAAUUCUACGAAUCUUGAUAAAAAAGUUCAACAACCUGGGUUCGCUUGGACCUUGGGAAAAUCUUUAUUGGAAUUAUUUCAAUAUUAUCCCGACAAAGGUAUCUUCGUUAUGAAAGAAUCAAGUUACUUUACAGUUUCUUUAGAGGCACCCUCGAGAAUUUUACAAACAGAUUUAUCGUAUGGGGAAGAAAGAAGUUGGCAUAAAGAAUUAAAAGCUGUAGCACGCAUAGCUCGAUUGCCAAAAGGAAUAAGUUUCCCUGAUGAUAACCAAGGAUCAAUAAUGAGUAAAUUGUUUAGACCAUCAAGUCUUAACAUUAAAAUGCGUCAUCAUACUGGAGCUCUGGUUUAUCAUCCAAAUGAAACACGUUAUUAUGCACAUGGUACAGAAAAGAAAGAUCUGAACAAAGAAAUUUAUAUGCAACUAAAGCAACGUAAACAACGGUUAGAAGACGUGAAAAAAACGCAUCCCGCAAAAUUAUGUGUUGUUCCCUUGCCGGAUUUUUGUGUCUAUCCUCGUUUGCCCAUAAAAGAUAGUUCAUCAAGUUCAUCAUUAUCUAAUAUAAUGCAUCGAUUUUGGUAUAUAUAUUUUGCUCCAGCACAAAGAAGUCCGUUCGCCGACGUGGCGUUAAAUGGCCCAGCUGAGAUGUUUAGUGAAGUUGCCAUGGAAGCUAUAAUAAAAUUUAAGUGGGAGAAAUUUGCGAAACGUCUAUAUUUAUGGCAGUUCUCAUUUUAUAUAAUCUUCGGAAUUACAUUCUGUCUGACAGUCUCGAUUGAAUCAACACAAGAUGGAAGAUCAAAUAGCAAAUUUAUAGUCGCAACGAUUAUUUCCAUGAUGUUUUUGUUGCAAGAAAUAAGACAAAUGACCUGUGGAAUGAAAAAUUAUUGGACAAGUUUUUUUAAUUAUGUUGAUUUGGCGAGCUAUUGUUUGCCACUUGCAACUUCUUUAACGGUCCUAAUGAAAGUAGAACCUCCAAUAUGGUUGAUAGGUUUUGCGGUUUUAUGUGUGUGGCUGAAUGGGUUGUUAAAAUCAAGAGCAUUUGAGGCAACCGGGAAAUUCAUAGCAAUCGUAAUUGUAGUUGGUAAAAGGAUCAAAACAUUAUUGAUGACAUUAUUCAUUAUAGUGCUUGGAUUUUCAAAUGCAAUGUAUAUCCUUUUACGUGAAAAGGAUCCCGCGGGUCUUGUUCCAAAAUUUAGUGGGACAGUAACUGAUAAUUUGGGAAAUUCUGCAUUGAUAGAAAUGAAUCAAAUACCCGACAAAAAUACUAAUAUGUGGCAAAGAUUUGAUUAUUCGAUUCUAGCUACUUAUUUUUUUCUUGGUAUUGGAUGGGAUAGCGUAUCGGGUUUUGAUCCAGAUUGGUCCUUGUAUAUCAUGAUGAUUUUAUUCAGCCUCGUAACUGUAAUCAUGCUUUUGAACAUUCUUAUCGGUUUAAUCACCGAGGUAUUCAGUGGUUCGCUUCAAGUAGGACGACAAGCAUGGUUACGUCAACGAGCAGAAUUAGUAGCGGAACUCGAAAUCUUAAUGCUCUCACCCUCGCAUCGUCAAUAUCCGGAUUGGUUCCCUCAUUUAAUAUAUUAUGAAGCUCACGUAGAUUCUAUAAAAAACUGGAAAAGAAAAUUAGAGUUGGAAGAAAUGGGUGAAUUAGAUGUUGAUUUUGUUAAAAGAGAAUUGAAAAGUGUUAGAGAUGAUUUAAAUAAUGAAAUAAAGGAACUAAAAGGAAUGGUCGGACAAAUUAGAAUUUUUAUAAUUGGUUCAAAAGGUGAUGCCGAUUCCGGAAGCAGAUCUAAUAGAAACAGUUUGACCUCUAUAUAA